AUGAACACUCAAAACUUCGAUUCCGUGCCUGCCGUGACCAUCAUCGGUGCUGGUCCCUGUGGAUGUGCCUUUGCAGCAGACCUCGCCAGUCGGGGGAAGGAUGUAAUGCUAUACGCCCAUCCUGACCACCGAGGUGGAACUGCCAUGAUCGAGAAGAACGAUGGCUGGUUAAACGCCGAUGGCGAGAUCAGUGGCAGAUACAAGAUCAAAACUACCAGCGACAUGUAUCUCGCUAUCCGUCACUCUCACUUCCUCGUCACCACAGUUCCUUCCUACGGACAGGAUACCAUCCUGACCUUGCUCAGCCAAUUCGACCUCCGACAACACACCCUCGUCAUCAACGUGGGCAACUUCUUCUACCUCUCCGCUCGUCAAAAGGUCAAUGCCCACUGCAUUCUCGAAACCGACAUCUCCCCCUACGCUGUCCGCAUCACCGGUGACACCGUCUUCGUGAAGGGCUGCAAGAAGAGUCUGGCCAUCUGGGCCGAGCCCCCAACAACUCAGGUCGAGCGUCUCGACCCACAGGCCGAACUCGGACUCCGUCGCCAGGUCGAGUCGAUCUUUUCCCAGAAGCUGAACUGGUGCACCAAUCUGCUAGAGGUCGGCCUCAACAAUGUCAACCCGGUCGUGCAUUGCCCCGCUGCCCUGAUGAACGCUGGCUGGAUCGAAGCUACUAAGGGUGACUUCUUCUUCUAUGCACAGGGCAUGUCCCCUUCCGUGUCCCGCGUGACCGAGAAACUUGAUCUAGAGCGUCUUGCCAUCGCCCACGCAUACGGCCUCGAGAUCACCCCAAUCACCACAUACAUGAACCAGAACUACAGCAACCCCCGACAAUACGCCGACUACCAUGACUUUGCCUCGGGGUCAGUCGUCCACAACAAGACCAAGAGCUCUCCAAGCUCCUUGAACCACCGCUACCUCCUAGAGGACAUCCUCUACGGCCUGGUCCCCUGGUACGAGCUCGGCACAAAGGUUGGUCUGACCUCGCCGACUAUCAGGGCCCUCAUCGAAAUGGCCCAGGUCGUCAGUGGAUUCGACUACUUCGAAAACGGUAGGACUCUGCAGGCCGCCGGCCUGGGUGAUGCCACCAAGGAGCAAGUGCUCAAUGCGCUGGGUGGGCCUGUGGAGACAACUCCUGUCCACGCUCCUUUCCCUGACUCUCCCAUUGGGAACAGCAUUGAGUCGCAUGCUCCACUCCAGACGGCUCAAGUUGUUGGCUGA